CACCAACAUUUAAUUUUGCUUCCUUCUCCUAUGGGCAAUUAAUUCUCCAUCGUUGGUCUUCUACAUUGUUGUCAAUAUCAGCUGACAAAGGUGUACUGCCCGUUUUGGAUUUGGCUUCUGAGGGGCUCGGUCAAACUUAGGAACCCUGUAUUUCAGCUUUGAAGAUCUAUGUAAGAUCAAUAAUAGCCAAUUUCUGCUUCCGGGUCAUUCAGCUUCUUGUUUCAGGCGACGAUGACUAGCAGCAACUGCAGAUUUCUGUUAAAAAAUGGCUUGAUUCCGAAUUUGGCAGAAAACCCAUCGGUAACAACCUUACUUGAAGCCCACCAAGGUGCAUAUACAACAACUAGAACUCACAGUGAUGGUUCACUGUUGUUGUUUUGGGAAAGGCAUAUGAGCAGACUCUCUAAUUCUCUAAGAAUUCUCUUGAACUCUAACCCAGAACUUUUAUUCAAUUCAGAAGCAUGUAGAGUCCCUUUUUCCUUUGUAUCAACAAAACCAACCAUGUGGGAUUCAUUGGUUCAAUCUCUUGUGGAUGAUUCAAUGAGAAAAGCUCUGCCCCUUGUAUUGGACAAAAGAAGAAGUGGGGAGGAAUUGGCCAUUACAUGUCUUGUCAGUGGAAAUGUUGAUAGUUUGGAGGAACUUGAGGAAACGUUUUCUACAGCUUUUGAUGUUUAUGUCCAUGUUGGUUCCUAUGUUCCUCCACUCUUUGGUAUCCACCAAAAUGGAGCACGUUUGGCAGUUGUAGGUCAUGGUAGGGGCGUAGCAAAUGCCAAAUACUCAGAUUGGGUUAGGCAAAGGAAACAAUUGGAGAAGCUGAGGCCACCUUAUGUCAAUGAGCUCCUGUUGUCAAACAAUGGCGAUCAGAUCUUAGAGGGUUGUUUGACAAAUCUUUUUGUUGUUUGCCACAAGGAUGUUAAUGGUGAUUAUCACAAGUCUAGCCAAAGAGACAAUGAAUCUACAGUUUCAAUUGAAUUGCAGACUGCCCCUAUAAGAGAUGGUGUCCUUCCAGGCGUUGUACGCCAAGUAAUUCUUGACAUAUGCUCAAGAAACAAAAUCCCAGUCAGAGAAAUUGCACCUUCAUGGUCAGAGCGUGAAAUGUGGUCAGAAGCAUUCAUUACAAGUAGCUUGAGGCUAUUGCAGCAUGUGGAAGUUAUUCAAGCUCCUAGUUCAUGGGAAUCACUUGAUACACAAACUUGGACUGAUGUAACUUGGGAGGAGAAGCGAUUUGAGAAUGCUCCUGGACAGAUCACUGCAUUCAUCCAGAAGGAGGUCAUGGAAAUGGCAAGCAUGGAAGGGUAUCCAGUUUCUCUAUUUGAUGACCGGUAGAUCUUUCCCUCUUAUUAUUGUGGUACGAUUGAUUGAUUGAAAAGGUCGUAUCUUAAAAACACCAGCGAUGUCUUCCCUUCGCACACCCCUGUUACAUUUAUUCUGGUGUACAAUUAACUUUGUGUUGAAGCAUUCAAUUAUAAGGAGAACUGUAAUUAACUCAAA